AAAAAGAGAAUCGAUAUUGUAACAACAUGCAUAACUGUUUUAGUGCAGUGUCAAAAUCAGCCAAAAUGAGAUUGUGGAAAUCUCUUUUCGGGUACUGAGAGUUUAUUUGUGUUACUAUAUAUCCGAGACGGGUGUUAAUUUGAAACAAAAGCAGCUAAAACUACUGCUAAAUUAAGAAUGGCAGGAUGGCCUCCUCACAAUGGAGAUAUUGUUCAUCUCAAUGUUGGUGGAACGAGGUUUUCGACAUCGCGACACACGUUGAUGUGGGUUCCUGACUCUUUUUUCACGGCGUUACUGAGUGGAAGAAUAUCAAGUUUAAGAGAUGAAACGGGUGCAAUAUUUAUAGAUCGUGAUCCGAAACUUUUUGCUACGAUAUUGAACUACUUGCGUACUCGUGACAUAGACUUGAGUGUUGAUAUACGAGCGUUUCGACAUGAAGCCGAGUUCUAUGGAAUCACCCCAUUAGUGAAAAGAUUGGUUCUUUGUGAAGAUCUCAGUCAGUCAUCAUGUGGUGAUGUUCUUUUCUAUGGUUAUCUCCCUCCUUCAUGUAUUCCUCUUCAAGAGCCUAGCACGGCAUCAUCAUCUUCAUCUUCUUCCUCUGCUGGGGAGAAUAAUGCUGCGGUACACACUGCUCGACCAGGUUCCAUUGUGAGAAUUCCUCCCGAAGUGAACUGCAAUGCAAAUAAUGCUGGCCCUUCAGUUGGUUCCAGUGCACCAUGCCCUCCUCCACCAAGUAUUCCAGCUCCAGGUCCCCCUAUGUCUGGACCCCUUCUUCCUAUCCCUGGCCCUUCAGUCUCAUCUGCUGGGAGCAACUGUAUACUUCCUUCUGCUCAUGUGAAUUCUCCUCUUCUUCCUGGACCUCAUACUCAUGGUGCACAUCCACAAUCGACCCUCCAGCACCCAGGAGCACCAGGCCAUUCCCGCAAUUCAUCCUUGGAUUUGCGCGUAGCUUCAAAUGGUUGUGCAACAGUUGCGUCUCGAAGUUCAACAGACAUUCGUAACAUGGCAGGGCGCUCUGCCGUUGGGCAUUCAAGAGCCGCUUCAUUAGACUUACGUCACACUCGAAAUUCGUCUGCAGAUCUGAACAAAUUAUUUAGAAAUGAUGUAGGAUUGGUGUUUGGAACACAUCAAGGCAUGUGCACCUUACCUUCAAAUAAACUGAAAGAUUCAAGUGGCUGGCAGCAUGCAUUCACUAGUCCUCACAUAGAGAGCUGCAUUGAGCGUAUUGCUAUCAAUGCUAAAAUAGGACAAGGUGGUGGUGGAGAAGCCUCAUCGAAGAUGGUUGCAAUUUCAUACGGUAGUCAAGUUCGCUUAUGGGGUGUGUCUGAAGACGGAACUCGAACUAAUAUAGGAACAUUUAAUCUUCAUGUCAGAGUAGAGUAUUUGUUUUUUAUUGGGAGCCAGCUUGUGGCAUUGUCACCUACUGGUAAAAUAGGUGUAUGGCAUGCAAUGACUCAACACUGGCAAAUACAGGAUGUGGUUCCGAUUGCUUCUUUUGAUACUGCAGGAUCUUUCCUGUUGUUGGGUUGCAAUAAUGGCUCAAUUUAUUACAUAGAUAUGCAGAAAUUUCCUUUGAGAAUGAAAGAUAAUGAUUUGUUAGUAACUGAAUUAUAUCGUGAUCCUUCAAAUGAUCCUAUUACUGCCAUAUCUGUGUACCUUACUCCAAAAACCAGUUUGUGUGGAAACUGGAUUGAAAUUGCUUAUGGCACAAGUUCGGGAACUGUUAGAGUUAUUGUGCAGCACCCAGAAACAGUUGGUCAUGGCCCUCAACUUUUUCAAACGUUUACUGUACAUCAGAGUCCUGUGACAAAGGUUACUUUGUCAGAGAAAUUCUUGGUGUCAGUAUGCAGCGAGUAUAACCAUGUUCGAACUUGGAGUGUGACAAGGUUUCGUGGCAUGAUAUCCACGCAACCAGGAUCCACACCUGUUGCAUCUUUCAAAAUUGUCUCUCUGGAUGAAGUGGAGCCAUAUAUAAGCUAUACUGCUGGAAAUGAUUGCGGCCCAUAUGGGGAACAAGAUGAUGAACAGGUUUUUGUACAAAAAGUUGUUCCUGAAACAGAUCAACUUUUUGUUCGCCUUGCAUCAAAUGGCAAAAGAGUCUGUGUUAUUAAAGCAGUGGAUAACACUACAAUCACAUCAUUUUGUGUGCAUGAGUGUGAAGGAUCGAGUCGUAUGGGUUCUCGCCCCAGACGUUUCAUAUUUACUGGCCAUAGCAAUGGUGCCAUUCAGAUGUGGGAUCUCACAACUGCUCUUGAUUUGGCCAUAAAAGGAGAACCAGCCACACAGAUGUCUGGUGGACCGACAGCUGAGGAAUUGCUGAAGUUGCUAGACCAAUGUGAUUUGAGCAAUAGCCACUGCUCCACACCGUGCAUCUCUCCAUGCCCCUCUAUGGCUGCUAAUGCUGCAGCACGUAUAAAGGCUUCCAAUGUUGCCUUCCUGAAUCAGUCUCAUGAAGCAUCUGAGAGAGGACCUGCAGGAAGUGGAGGUACUCAAUGUUAAUAUUUUUGGUUUUCAGGCUCCUGUUAUUUCUUGAAAUCAAUGAAAGCAAAGGGUGCAAAUGAUUGUAUAAGGUUAGGAGUUUUGUAUUCCUUUAUUUUUUUUUAUGGAAAGGUUAGCACACUUUUAUUAUCAAGCUGAUCCUUUUGAACUCUGUGAUACUUAGAGCAUCUAUUUAGGAAAGAAGUCUCUUUAGAAUUACUUAAUAUUUAUUAAGAGAAAGCUAUUGUAUUUCUUAUGUGAAUUACCAAUAUGAUUGAAGAUAUUUGUUCUAUACACAUUUUUCUAUAUUUAGUUGUCUUCUGUGAUUUUGUUCAAAGAUCUGAUAAAGCUUUUAAUACAAUGAACAUUGCUCAUAUGUGAGACAUUGAAAGUUGUGAAUAUGAUAUGUGGACAAUAAAUGAAAUGCAGCUGUGAACCUUUACUGUUCCUAUAGCUCUGAAUAUUUUUAUGUUCGUACUCAAAUAGGAAUUUCACAAUAGAUAUGUACUCUUUUGUAUUGUGAAGUUACAUUUACUGAAGUGCUGCCAUGAUCAGUGAACGAAUUCUGUGGUAUUCUUGUUCACCUAAUUUCAAUCUAUAGUGGAAUAUUUUAAUUUUUAUUCUCAAGAAGUUAGCUUGCCCAAUUAAUUAUGUGUACAUGUAUUACACGGUUAAACUUAUGCGUAUGCUUCAAUUCAUUGUGUGCAUUCUUGGUGAAUUGUUUACACUGAAUAUCAAGAAAUUAAUUUGGAAAUUGCAAACUAUAUUGUGCAUUUAAAAUAUGCAUGAAUAUAAUGUAAGCAUAUAACACAUUGUAAUUUAAAAAUGAAUUGAUUAUCUAUUAAGCGAACUAAAUUCUCGUUUCGAUUGCUUUUCAUUUGUUCAUUGUUCCAUCUGUUUGUGAACAUAAUGAAUAUUAAUACACAGUAAUUUUUGUUUUUUAUUGGCUCCUCAUAGUUGUACACUUUUGUUUGGGAUCUGUAUGUUCAAACAUGGAGUGCAAACUAAUGAAGAGAAAGAUUUGUGAUCAAAAUAAAUUACAUUUGUUUUGCAAUUCUUAGUAAUCCUACAAUGAUAUCUUGAAUUGUAGUUUGAAGGGUGGCUACAAAAAAAAAACAAAGAUAUUAUAAGAUUAAAAAUCAUAUCAUGUGAUGCCCUCCUAACCAACAGAUGGUUUAAAAGGGCUGGGUUGUUUUUAGUCAGCAUUGAUUUUACUGAUGAAUCUUUUGCAAUGGUACACCAAAACAAUAACUCAUCAAUAUGAAAAUACAUUCUCAGAAAAGGCUGUCAAAUUAAAUUAAAUCAUUAUGUAGCAUAUUGUUACAUUUACUGUAGUGUAGAAAUAUUUUCUGCACAUAUUUAUAUCAUGUAAUUCCAAUAACUUCAAUCUACCAUGUAUAAUUUUGUAUACAGAUUUGAAAGUAUUUUAUGUACAGUUAUCUGUAUCAGAAAUAGUCUGUUACUCAAUGCAAAUAAAAAAGCUAGAACCUAUAUGCUGUUUUAUUGAGUGAAGCGCAUUACUUUUGGAUAAGGAUAUGUUAUUUAGCAAAGUGCAAUAAACUGAACUUGUUGCUAGUUAAGUCACAUAAAUAUUGAGUGGAUUGAAAUGGUUGUGCAGUAACGUAGUUCCUAAAAUUAUGUAAAGGGGGGUAGAUUUGUUUGAUUUUCCAUUCAAGUUUUGGAGUUGACCUGCCUUUAGAUAUGUCAUUCUGUGAACUAUAUAGCAUAUCACUGUAAAAGAAUGUUUGUACAAAAACAAAAUAAACUUUUACGCAGAUAAUUAAAAAAAAGUAUCAAUGCAAGGGUAAUUAAGUUGGUGAGUUUAAUGUAAUACCAGAAUUAGAGAUAAUUCUCAUAACCUUUUGUAAACCAGAUGAGUGAAAAAUCAAUUACUAUGAUAUUGAGUAUCUGAUACACUUCCUGUUACAGAUUUAACACACUUUGCAAUGAAUCUGGUGCAAAUUCUAUGUAAAUCAAAUAAUUUGUGAAGCUUUGCAAUAAAACAAAAUGUAACAAGAUAGAGGAUUGUAUAGGCAUAC